AUUCUAACUCGUGAUAGUCAUAAGAGCGAGGCCUAUGGAGGAGGGAAAAAAAAGAACAAGAAGGGAAGGAAAUAUCCGGUUACGCCUUCAGUACUCAAGGAGUCUGGACCUGUGAGGAAGGAGUGGCUUGGACUGAACAAGAUGCCCAGGGGAGAGCAUUACCUAGAUGGCAGCUUUGGCAGAGGGAAGGGGUACAGCUAUCUUUCAGCAGAAGAGGUUGCAGGCAUUGGAAUUCUCAUUGCAGUUCUUGGCGCUUUACUGAUCCUUGGCUGUUGGUAUUACAAAAGACGCAGUGGUUAUAAAAGCCUUCUGAGCAAGAGUUCUGGAGGGGCCACCAUGAAUUCCUCAGAAGGCAAAAGUGCUUUGCUGGGCUCCAGAUUCCCUUUACAAGAAUACACCACCAACUUCAACCAUGUGGUGCCUGAUGCUCCGCCAGCUUAUGAGAAGAUCUCUGCCAGCUCUUUGCCACCACCAUACAUGCCAUGAAACAGGAACAAUUAAAUCAGAUUGGAAGCUAUAGCUAGAUUCUUGCUUAAAUAUAUGUCCUUUCUAGUGCUUCAUAAGGAAAAAAUAUAUGCCUGUGCCUAUGAAUGGUUCCAGAAACCACUAUUGCUUGGGAUAAUCUAGUUAUUAUAUUGAUGUCCUAGUCUUUGUGCACCUGGGAUUCUACUUGCUGGGAUUCACUUAGGAUAAGGUAUUAAGUAACAUGGGAAAUUGUUACCCUAAGCAUUCUACUAAGCAUGUUACAUAUUGAAGAGCAAGAUCCAGACUUCUUCAAAUUUGUGAAUUCUUGUUUAACAAAAGCAUUAUUCUGUUUGGCUUAAAAAUAACAUUGUAGUAAAAGAUGCAAUAGGAUUUUCUGUUAACUCAAGACCAGAAAUUGGAAUUGGAAUUAAGCCUUUUGUGCUUCAAUUCCUCUCCUCUGUUUGCUCGGCUAUUAUAAUAAAUAGCAGUCCCAUGCUGCUUUCUUGAAUGCAGAA